AGAGUUAGCUUUGAAAUGUUUUUUUUUUUUUGCAUUGAACUUUAGCUCUGGUCGUUGUGCAGAUCAAACGCAUGGAUAGUGCCGGUAAAUAAAGUGCUCACAUUACGUAUUUUGGACUAACGAAACGACAGCUCGCUAAUUCAGAGAAAAGUUCAUCGGCACUCUAGUACCAUAUUGACUUUGACAUUCAGUAACCAGUUUGUGAGGCCAGAGAGAGAGAGAGAGACAGAGAGACCAGUACUAAGGAGAAGGCAGGAGAGUGAAGAGCAUGCCGCUAUACAGGAGCCACAACUGAGACUGAGACAUCGGCCCCCACAAGCCUCUGACAAGCACCAGCAGAAGAAGCAAACAACGUUGAGACGCACAGGCUGUCUUCACACAUAGCUACAGGUGCAACAGUGACACAGCCGUCAGCUGUAGAGGAACGGAAGAAGAGAAGAGUAACCAAGAGACUGACCAUGGGGCCCAGAGCUUUAUGUCUGUUUGUCCUGCUUGGGCUGUCUGUCUGGGGCAGCAGUGAGAGCCUCAGAUCCCCCAUUCUGACCCGGAGACGGAGGGCCCCAGAGGACACAGGAGAACCACCCAAAAAGUGCUCGUACACCUUCCUGGUCCCUGAGCAGAAGAUCAUAGGGCCCAUCUGCGCCAGCCGGGGCCUACACACGGACAAGGAUCGCGUGACCCGCCUGGACGUGGCGGCAGUGAGGGACCUGCUCUCCAAACAGAGACGGGAGAUGGACAACCUGAAGCUGGUGGUGGAUGUGGACGGGAACAUGGUGAACGAGAUGAAGCUGCUGAGGAAGGAGAGCAGGAACAUGAACUCCAGGGUGACCCAGCUUUACAUGCAGCUGCUUCAUGAGAUCAUCAGGAAGAGAGACAACUCUCUGGAGCUGGCUCAGCUGGAGGGACGCAUUCUCAAUGCCACAGCAGAGUCCCUACGUCUGGCCGCCCGCUACCGCGACCUGGAGGUCCGCUACGCCACGCUCUCUGCCAUGGUCAACAACCAGUCGGUUCUGAUUGGUGCCCUGGAGGAGCGCUGUCUACAGGUGUAUGGCCGGCGGCAGGAGCAGCCUCCUCAGGGCCCACCGCUGGUACAGGUAGUGCCGGAGAACAUACCGGUUAGCAUCCCAAGGUUCACCAACGAGAUCCAGAGGGACCAUAGCCGGGCGUUCCCCAGAGACAGGGGCUCCCGAGUGGGGCCGGCACCCACAGGAGGCACCCUGGAGCUCCGGACGGCUCCGCAGGGCAACUUCAGCGCAGAGGGUCCUUUCAGGGACUGUCUUCAGGCGCAGGAGGCUGGCCAUAGCACCAGCGGUAUGUACCUGCUGAAACCUGACGAGGCAGAGAGGCCCAUGCAGGUGUGGUGUGAGCAGGGCCUGGACAACGGAGGCUGGACUGUCAUCCAGAGCAGGAGGGAUGGCUCCGUCAACUUCUUCAGGAACUGGGACGCCUACAAGAAUGGAUUUGGCAACAUAGACGGUGAGUACUGGCUGGGGUUGCUUGGGAUCUACAACUUAGGGAAGCAGUCUGACUACAGACUUCUAGUGGAGCUGGAGGACUGGGUGGGGAAGAAGGUGUAUGCUGAGUACAGCAGCUUUCACCUGGAGCCUGAGAGCGAGGGCUACCGCCUGAGGCUGGGCACCUAUCAGGGAAAUGCUGGUGACUCACUCAGCAGCCACAACGGCAAGCAGUUCACCACACUGGACCAAGACAAGGACGCCUUCUCAGGUAACUGUGCACACUUCCAUAAGGGAGGCUGGUGGUACAACUCCUGUGGCCAGGCCAAUCUGAACGGUGUUUGGUACUCCGGUGGGGUCUAUCGCAGCAAGUUUCAGGACGGAAUCUUCUGGGCGGACUAUGGCGGAGGAUUCUACUCUAUGAAGGGAGUCCGCAUGAUGGUCAGACCCAUAGACUGAGACUAGAGAGGGAGAACCAUGACCAUCUUAACCCUCAACCGACACAUGUACAGUACUGCCUAUCUCAAACCCACUCACAGACAUUGACUACACACAUUGUGUGACCUCAUUGUGUGAGGUGGCAUAGUAUUUCACAUGUGAAGCUAAUUUGCAGGCAGAUGACAGGUUUUUCCUGCAGGCCUAGAGACCCUCAGCACUUCCUUUAGAAACUACUCAUAUCCAGGCAUCACUGGCAGCACUAGAAUUAGAGCAAGGAGUACCAGACAUAUCAGUUACAAUGGAGAAGAAAUCAAAACAACUGACCUAUGGUAUGGCAUUGAUACUGUAUGUCCAUUCUAGACACUAGAGGUAAAAUGUUGCCUAUUUUAGAGGUGUGUAAAUAUCUUUAGUUGUAAUAACUUCUUAAGAAAGCAUUCAAUCUACUUUGUUCUAACUUCUCCAUCUUCUGAUGCUUUUAUGAUUUCUUUUUUAUAUGUUUGAAAUAAACCAGGCGCCAAGGUGAAGCUGUAACUCA